GAGAGGAGAGGAGAAAACGACGGACUGUCCCCUCUCCGACUGGCGGGAUUGUAGUCAGCACCAGCCCGUGGCUUCAACAUGCCUGUGGGGACUAAAGGACUGAGUGGGAUUACUGCGCUGAUCGCCUGGUGGCUGCUGGGCUCCUGUGGGACAGGUGGAGAAGAGGUGUGUGACAGCCCACUGGUCUCCAGUUUGCCAUUAUCGUCCUUCAGGAGCUCCUCCCAGCUGUCAAGCAGUCAUGGACCAGUCUUUGCAAAGGUCAACAGGAGAGAAGGAGCUGGAGGCUGGUCCCCCCUCAUCUCAGACAGAUACCAGUGGCUGGAGGUGGACCUGGGCAGGCGGACCCAGAUCACUGCUGUUGCCACGCAGGGUCGCUAUGGCAGCUCAGACUGGCUGACCGCCUACCUGUUGAUGUUCAGUGAUACAGGACACAACUGGAGACAACAUCGGCAGGAAGACAGCUUAGGGGCAUUUCCAGGCAACAGCAACGCUGACACUGUGGUCCAGUACAAGCUGCAGCAACCUGUGAUAGCUCGCUAUCUUCGUUUGAUCCCACUUGACUGGAACCCCACUGGGAGGAUUGGACUCAGACUGGAAAUAUACGGAUGUCGAUACACGUCAGAUGUCGCAAGCUUUGACGGCAGCAGCAGCCUAGUCUACAGAGUGAACCGCAGGCCGAGCUGGACAGCGAUGGAGGUAAUUUCUCUGAAGUUUAAAACCUUGAGAAACUCUGGGACCCUGUUUCAUGCGGAGGGACAGAGAGAUCACAGCCUCAGUCUGGUGCUGGAGAAAGGAAAGCUGCUGCUUUACCACCAACAAGGUGUGAGUUCAUCCUCUAGUGGAAAGCUUCUUGCUUCUCUGGGCAGUCUGCUCGAUGAUCAGCACUGGCACCACAUAAAGUUGGAGAAACUCAGCACUCACCUUAACCUCACCGUAGACAAAAACAGUCAGCAGGUUCACACACCACCUGAGCUCAGCCGCUGGCAUAUUCACAUGCUGAGUGUAGCUGCUGUCCGGAGCCAUGGGCUGCAGAAACCCAUCCUGCCCAACAGGAACUUCCAUGGCUGCCUGGAAAACCUUCUUUACGGUGACCUUAAGCUGAUAAGUCUGGCGAAACAGAACAACCCCCAGGUCACUGUGCUGGGCAAUGUGACCUUUUCCUGUGCAGAAUCAGUUUCAGUUGCUGUGACAUUCACCGACUCCCUCAGCUUCCUGCAGUUACCUGGGCGAACAUCGUGGUCACCGGAGCUUUUUUCUGUUACGCUGCAGUUCAGGACAUGGAAUAAGGCAGGGCUACUAUUGACCUUUGGCCUCCAGCUGCACGAUGGGACAGUUUAUGUGUAUCUGAGUGAGGCCAGGCUCCGCUUGCAGAUCAGUACAGCUGACAGGGCCUUGCUGGAGCUCAGCACAGGCUCAAGUCUGAAUGAUGGCCAGUGGCACUCUGUGGAGCUGCACUUCAGUCAAGAUCAUCUGAGCAUCACCGUGGAUAAAGAUGAAGGAGCCACAGCUCACACCAGCGUUCCACUUCCUCUAACUUCAGAAAGUCACUUCUUCUUUGGUGGUUGUCCUUCGCAGGGGAGCAGUAAGGAGUGCAGAAACCCCUUCAAAGUGUUUCAGGGAUGUAUGCGUUUGCUGACUCUGGAUGGCCAGCUUGUGGAUCUGAUCAAAGUGCAGCAAAGGUUGCUGGGAAACUAUAGCGACCUGCAAAUUGAUAUGUGUGGCAUCGUCGACAGGUGUUCCCCCAGUCUGUGUGAACAUGGCGGCAGAUGCACUCAGUCAUGGAGCACCUUCCACUGUAACUGUUCGUCCAGCGGCUACAGAGGAGCCACCUGCCACAGCUCAAUGUAUGAGAAGUCAUGUGAGGCCUACAAACACAAAGGCAACACAUCAGGACACUUUUACAUAGACGUGGAUGGCAGCGGACCGAUCAGACCUCAACUGAUUUACUGUAACAUGACAGAGGGCAGCACAUGGAUGGUGAUCCAGCACAAUAACACUGAAUUUACCACCGUUCAGUCUUCACCGGAGAUAAACCAACACGUCGCUCACUUUGACUACUCCUCUGAAGAGCCGCUGCUGGCAGCCAUCAUCCGUCAGUCGGAGCACUGUGAGCAGGAGCUUUCCUACCACUGCAGGAAGUCCCGCCUCUUCAACACACAUGAGGGUACUCCAUUCAGCUGGUGGGUUGGAGGUCUGGGUGAAGGUCAGAUUCAGACAUAUUGGGGUGGAGCGCUGCCGGACAGUCGACAGUGUUCCUGCGGUCUGCAGGACAACUGUAUGGAUUCAAGUCACUACUGCAACUGUGACGCCGACUUCGAUCAGUGGACUGAUGACUCCGGCCUGCUCACCCUGAAGGAGACCCUCCCAGUCAGAUCUCUGGUGCUGGGUGAUCUCCAGCGACCUGGCUCACAGGCAGCCUACAGGGUGGGGCCACUCCGCUGCCAUGGAGACAAAAACUUCUGGAAUGCUGCAUUUUUUGACAAAGAAACAUCGUACCUCCACUUCCCCACUUUUCAUGGAGAGCUGAACGCAGACAUCUCCUUCCUGUUUAAAACAACAUCCUCCUCUGGGGUUUUCUUGGAAAAUCUGGGAAUCAAGGACUUCAUCCGGAUCGAGCUCAGCUCUUCCUCAGAAGUUGUGUUCUCCUUCGAUGUGGGGAACGGCCCACUGGAGGUACGAGUUCAGACCAGCGUCCCUCUGAACGACGACCGGUGGCACAGUGUGCGAGCUGAGCGAAAUGUGAAAGAAGCACUGCUCCGCGUUGAUGAUUUCCCCACUGCCACCCAGGAGGCUCCUGUUGAUGGACUCGUUCAUCUGCAGCUCAACAGCCAGCUAUUCAUAGGAGGCACUGCGUCCAGACAGAAAGGCUUUUUGGGUUGCAUUCGUUCUCUGCAGCUGAACGGAGUCACUCUGGACCUGGAAGAGAGGGCCAAGAUCACUCCCGGGGUUCGUCCUGGAUGCCCAGGUCACUGCAGCAGCUACGGAUCACUGUGCCAGAAUGAGGGUCGCUGUGUGGAAAAGACCAAUGGUUUCUCUUGCGACUGUGGCCAGUCUGCUUUCACUGGAGCUUUCUGUCAUCAAGAGGUUUCAGCUACCUUCCAGUCGAUGACAUCCAUCACCUACAUCCUUAAGGAGCCCUACGAACUGAGCAGGAACGCCAGUGCCUUGCCAUCAUACAUCUACACCGAUAUCACGCUGAGAGGGGAAAGCAUCUCCCUGAGCUUCAGGACCAGUCAGAGCCCUGCUUUACUGCUCCAUGUUAGCUCCUUUCACAGAGAAUACCUAACCCUGCUCAUCAACAAACAAGAUGAGCUGGAGCUGAGGUACAAGCUGCACAGCAGAAGGGAUGUGGAGGUGCUGAGCAGCAGAGUCAUGAACUUGGCUGACAGGCGACUGCAUACAGUGAUCAUCAGGCGACUGGCGGACUCCGUCUCCAUCCAGAUUGACCAGAAUUCCAGAGAAGACUUCAACCUGACAUCUGAUGUGGAAUUCAACAGCGUCAAAUGUCUUAUUCUCGGAAGAGUCCGGGAGUCUGAUGGAUUGGAUUCGGAGUUGGCCGAGUUUGCCUCUCUUGGGUUCACUGGCUGCCUGUCAGGUGUUCGUUUUAACUCCAUCAGUCCUCUGAAAGCUGCUCUGCUCCAUCCUGACAGCCCUGUUACUGUCACUGGCCCACUGCUCCAAUCAAGCUGCGGCUUCUCUUCAUCGGAAAAUCCCUACGCAGCAGAAACCACACACUCCUUAUCAGACCAACCUGGUUCAGUGGAUCCUCGUCAGCCUUUAGUCAACGCCAUCAAGAGUGACUCGGCUCUAAUUGGAGGGGUAAUUGCUGUGGUGAUUUUUGUCACCGUGGCCGUAUUGGCAGUCAUGGCCAGAUUCAUUUGCAUCAGAAAAGAGACAUAUCAAAACCAGGACGUAAAAGAAGCUCAGCCGGAAGAGGACAGCCACGAGUUCCAGUUGGGCAGCCAGGCAGACUCUCCGAGUGGCCCCAGUGAAAACCACAAGGAAUAUUUCAUUUAGCAGGAGCCCUGACCUCUUACUCUUAUGGGAAGACUUAUCAAGCAAACAGGGCUUUACAAGAAACCACAGAGCACCUCAGUCAACAGCACAGGGGCUCUCUAAGCAAUGAAGAACAAUCACUGGGUUUAUUUAUUUCCCUUUUUGUAAGAAUUGUACAUGUUGGUUGAAAUGAAAUGGAUCCCGUUA